CCAAAAGCCCAUUUGUUUCAGAAAAACCCCAAACAGAGAGCUCCAACUCCAAGUUAGCUACUAGAACCGAACACAGAGUGGAAAAACCAAAAAAAAAAAAAAAAAGACACUAUGGCAGUCACAUCUAAUCUCACCAAUUUCACCUCUCUCGUUCUGAAUUCUCCUCGCACUCUCUCUCCCAUCAGCAAGCCCUCCGUUUGCUCUAUUCCUUUCAACAAUACUCGUGGCCUCAGGACCAACUCAAUCUCGAGUUUUGCCACCAAUGGCUCAAGAACGUACAGACCCUUUUCGGUUCAGGCCAUGGCUUCUUCGUUCGGGUCUCGGCUCGAAGAUAGCGUGAAGAAGACAGUGACUGAAAACCCAGUUGUUGUUUACUCCAAAACUUGGUGCUCGUACUCUUCUGAGGUGAAGUCGUUGUUCAAAAGGCUUGGUGUGCAGCCAUUUGUCAUUGAAUUGGAUGAACUAGGUCCCCAAGGGCCACAAGUGCAGAAGGUUCUUGAGAGGCUUACUGGGCAGUAUACUGUUCCAAAUGUUUUCAUUGGAGGCAAGCAUAUUGGCGGAUGUACAGAUACAGUGAAGUUGUACCGGCAAGGAGAGCUUGAACCUUUGCUGUCAGAAGCCAAAGCCAAAAGUACAGAAAGCUAGCCCUUGGAAAUGUUAUCUUAAAGAAUUUGACCCCAAUGCCAACCUUGGACUUCUCAAGGAAGAAUGUUACUUUUAUUGCUCUACAAAUAUCAUGCAUAAUAUGACAGGUGAGGUUUGGAUAAUGAGUUGAGAUGAAAGUUGAAUAAAAUAUUGUUAGAAUAUUAUUUUUUAGUAUUAUUAUUGUUUU